CAUCGAUUUGCAGUGAAUUGAUCCAUCAAACGAAACAAACAAAUCUUAAUCACAAUUCGUGUUCAAUACACAAACAAACUCAAAAAAAAACUAGCCAAAAUGAAAUUCUUGAUCGCUUUCGCUGCUCUUAUCGCCGUUGCUGCUGCCAUCCCAUAUGCUCCGGUGGUCAGCUAUUCGGCACCAAUUAUCACCAAAUCAUAUGCCGUAGCUCCAACUUAUGCUGCUCCAGUCGUUGCCGCUCCAAUUUACAAAAGCUAUGCUGCACCAAUUAUUGCUGCUCCAAUUGUUAAAUCCUAUGCUGCUGCACCAAUCCUCACCAAAGCUUAUGCUCCAGCUUACGGUUAUGGCGGUUAUGGCGGUUAUGGUUAUGGUUUGGGUGGUGGCUAUUAUGGUGGUUACGGUUACGGUUACGGUAAAUACUAGAUCAUUAAAUCCGGGAAUGGAACAAAAAUCAAUUAUCAACUAGGAAAUUUAACAUCAUCCUAUGAUUUUGUAUAAUAUUAUAUUAU